AUGUCGUCGGCCGAACAAGACGUGUUGAGAGCAGCCGUGGAGUGGCGAAGCCAGCUGGACGCGCUGGAGGUACGCCUCAGUGCAAGGAUGCUGAAGUUGGAGCAGCACCUCGGUGUCGAGUCCUCCCCGUGGAGCGCCCACCGCGGCGGCGCGACACAUCGUCCAACGCCGGAGGAGCCGCGGGCACCGCUCCCGCCGCAUGGCCAGGCGCCCGCGGCGACCGACGCGGUGCACGAAGGGGCGAAGGAGCAGCGGAUGGUGAGGCUGAUGGUGGACGAGGGGCUCGGCGCCAUGAGGCAGGAGGUGCAGGCGAAGCUCCACGCCAUGAGGGAGGAGAUGGAGGCGCGGCUGAGCGAGGAGCUGAGCAGCCGGCGCGGGUCGGCGCGGGAGUGGCUCGGCGCCGUGGGCGAAGAGAAGCAGGCGAGCGCAGCCCAGGAGGACGCCCCAUCCCUGAACGGCUACAAGCCGUUGCUCGCAACGUCCGGGCACGCUCCGCACCCAGGAAGGGAGCCAGAAGAGCUCCUUCAGGCCAGAAGCUCUCCAGAGAGCUGCGGGGAGCCAGAAGAGCUCCCGGCCAGCUUGUACAAUUAUUGCGUGGAGUCGUUGACGUUCAGCGCGAGACCGCAUGCAGAGAAGGCGUGGUUGUACAUGCUACUGGUGACUGAUAUGCAGAACGGCUUGCUCAUGACACUGCUCCAGAUGAAUAAAAACAAUUUGAUGGACUUCUAUACCGCUGGCAAUCCGCACGAGCCAUACUCUUUUAAGACAGGCUGCUAUCGCGAGAACGGCAAGUUAUUGAUUGGCGGUGAUUCCAUCUGCCGAUCUAUCAUGGGGUUGCUUAGUUGUGCCGUUGUUUGCAUUCUAGUCAACGGCGAUAUACACAAUCAGGCACGAGCGUCUCUUCCUGACCCAGGCGCCCCAGGUUGGCUGCGGGUUUGUAUGACUAUGUUUUGGUUUUUGCAGGCCGUUUUGCUUCCAUCAACUGCCAUCAUGGAAAUUGGAAGGUUGUUUGCAUUGUCGAAGUCACCGAUGGACAUCGUUCUAAACACAUUGGCAGCAACAUUCAUUGUCGAACUGGACGAACUACUGUUCGAAGGGGUCCUCACUACUGAACAGAAGGCGGAAUACUUCGCUUUGCCAAAGCGCCGCAAGCCUUUUUCGGAUGUGCACACUUCCUCGGAGUAUGCCCUUGGGUGGAUGCGCUUCGCGGGCAUGUUGUGGCAGUACUUCUACAUUCGAAAUGCGGGUUUCGCUCAUGAUGGCUAUCAGGAUGUCACUAACGAAAUUCUCGUGACCGCUACUGCGUAG